GACAGAAUUCCCACGACAGGCGGCACCGGAGAGGCAGACGGAGGUGGGGGCGUGGAUAUGCAAAUAAGGAGGCGUGACCCCACAUACUUCCCUCCCAUUGCUCUAUGGGCGUGGCCAGCUCGGGCAGGGGCGGGGUUUUCCCCUUGGGGGCGUGGCCUUUGGGGCAUUGGGCUGCAGGGGCGCGUUCGGUGGGCGUGUCCUUUCUGUGGGCGUGUCCCCGUUGUGGGCGUGUCCGGGGGCGUGUCCCCGCGCCGGCGGUGCCGGGGGUCCAUGGCGUGGUCCCGGUACCAGCUGGGCCUGGCCGCGCUCAUGCUCCUCACCGGCUCCAUCAACACCCUGGCGGCCAAAUACCGAUCCCUUUCCCACCUUCCAUCCCCCGCCGUACUUCCCAGCCCCACAUUCCCAGCCCGGCCCCGUGUCCCUCAGGCCGCCGGGAUGUUCCUGGGGGAGCUUUCCUGCCUCCCGGUGUUCUACCUGCUGCUCCUGCGGGAUCGGCGCCGCGCGGAUCCGGCGCCGGCGCCAUCCCGACCCUUCAACCCGCUGCUCUUCCUGCCCCCUGCCCUGUGCGACAUGGCGGGCACCAGCAUCAUGUACGUGGCGUUGAACAUGACCAGCGCCUCCAGCUUCCAGAUGCUCCGGGGCUCCCUCAUCAUCUUCACCGGGCUCCUCUCCGUGGCGUUCCUGGGCCGGAGGCUGGAGUGGAGCCACUGGUCGGGAAUUCUGCUCACCAUCCUGGGGCUGGUGCUGGUGGGGCUGGCGGAUCUGCGCGGCAACGGCGGCACCGAGCACGGGCUGGCCGACGUCAUCACGGGUAUCCCGGGAAUGCCAGGGACGACUCCUUGGA